AUGAAGAUAAUAAACUCACUAGAAAAAAAAGAUUUUAUAGGAAUAAUUGUAUCGAUUAUUCUUGUAUACAUUGCAAGAUUUUAUUACAAGUAUUUAACACGACCAAAUCCUUUGCCGGGACCAGUUCCAUUACCUAUUGUUGGAAAUUUGUUAUCAAUCUUUUUUUAUGCCAAAGGUGAUAUGACUCAAUGGUUAAAGUCACUACAGGAAAAACAUGGGGAUAUUUUUGAAACAUAUAUUGGAAGUUUCCGAAGAAUUGUACUCGCUCGAGCUGAUUAUAUUGAAAAAUUAAUGUCACCGUCCACAAAAUCUAAUUACGUAUUAAGGACGGAACAUAUGCCAGCAUUUGAUGAGCUAAACAUUUCAGGAAAAGGAUUUUUUUUUAAUAGAGACAUUCCUACUUGGAGAUUUAAUCGGCAAAUCCUUUCACAAGUUGUUCUUACUCCGAGUUUCUCAAAAGAGGCCUUACAUCGGAAUCAAAUAAUCUUCAAUGAACUAAAUGAAUAUUGGAAAGAAAUUGGACAAGAUGUACCAAUCGACUUUUCCAAAUGGAUUCAUAAAUUCAUCACGGAAUCUAUCUUUCAAUUGGCUAUUGGAUUAAAAGUUGGCACAUUGGCAAAAUAUUUUAAUGAUAGCGUAGAAUUAUCCAAGAGAAAGUAUAUUGAGCCAAAUCCUAUUGAUGAAAAUAUCAUAAACUUUGAUCAAAUGAUUGAAGCUCGUCUAAGAAAUUCACAAUUUGUUUUUAAUGUUCCAGCUUUUAUAAGACGUACAAUUUUUAAAAAAAGGAAUGAUGAAAUUCAUAAAAAUAGAAAUGAGUCCCGAAAAAUUAUGAUGAAGAUUAUUGAUCUUCGUCGAAAAGAAAUUGAAGAUGACAAGGAAUUAGGAAGUGACAUGUUGACAUUAUUAAUCACAGCAAAUACUGAACAGAUUGAUGAACAACAUUCUAAACCUUUAACCAAUGAUCAAAUUUUUCAAAUUUUGAUUGAAGCUAUUAUUGGAGGAAUUGAAACAACCACCAAUUUAUUAUGUUUUAUCGUAUUUCAUAUUGCUCAUUACCCUAAUGUAUUGGCUCGCUUGCGAGAAGAACUUGAUACCAUUUAUGGUUCUGAAAAAAAUCAUCAAAUUUCGAUGGAAGAUCUUUCAAAAAUGCGUUAUACAGAUUCUAUAAUCAAAGAAUGCGCUCGUCUUAUUAAUCCCUCAAAAUUAUUUCAACGUAACUCUUCAUUACCAGAUACUAUGAUCGGUCGUGAAUGGCCAGCGAAUACUGCAUUCUUUGCAUAUAUUGAGGGAAUUCAUCAUAAUCCAAUUCAUUGGAAGGAUCCUCUUAAAUUUAAUCCUGAUCGAUUUAUGGAACCAGAACCACAAAAGAACACAUUUUUGACGUUUGGAGGCGGAGUGCGGAUUUGUCCAGGAAGAAAGUUAGCACUUGUAACAAUGAAAUGUUUAAUCUCUUUGAUUUAUAGAAAUUUGGAUAUUUCGUUAGUAGAUAUGGAUGCCCCUUUGAAGUUAAGGAAAGAUCUGGUAAAUUCUUGCACUGAAUUAAAAAUUAGAGUUAAACAAAGAGAGGCACAUGUUAAUGUUUAA